UUUUACAAAAAAAAAAAAAUAAUGAAAAAUUAUGCAACUACAACAAUAAAGGAUAACGACAUAAAACAACAAAAGAACAUCAAGCAACACAAAAGUAACGAAAUCGUGAAAAGUCGAAAUAAAAAAUUAAAACCGCAAUAAGAAGAAGAAGAAAAUAAAAAAAAACUAGAAUUACCAACAUACAGUAGAAGGACGUAGAAGAAUAAAAGCACACAAAGCACAAUACGAAAAAAACGCGGUGGAAGAAGAACGAAAAAAGAUAAAAGAAAACAUGGAACGUCAUCGCACAUUAGACUCAUCGAUGUCAUCACUCUACUCCGGCUCGAAUAUCUCGAAUACACCCUCAGCACAUCGGCAACAACAUGACAAUUACAAUUAUCCUACACUCUCAUCAUCGGCCUCGCCGACGCCAAGCGCCAGCGGCGGUACCGGCGGUUUGGGUGGCAUUAGUGGUCUUGGCUUGCUGACCGGCGCUUCGAGUACAAAUGCCAUGGCGACGUUGGGCGGUAGUAGUGCAACAAAUGCCACGGCAGCGCACACAUCCGAUUUGAGUAUGUGCAGUGAUGAUGGUGGUGGUGGUGGUGGUGGCGCCAGCGCAAGUAGUGGAGGAAUGCGUGCCACCACAAUUGGUUCGGUGGUGGUGCGUUGCGGACCCAUACAGUUGGUGAUUGCGUUGUUGCAAAGUCCGGACAAAUUAUAUAUUAAGGUAGUUGAAUUAGAGCCAAAGAUCACAACGUUAGGCACGAAUCUCGAUGAGUCCAUACACUUGCAGAGGGAUCACGAUGAGACUCUUAGGAAUAUACAGAAUCUGCCCGGUCCGAUGGACGAAUUCGUACAGAAGGCCGAUAAAUUGCUCGCCAGCAAGCGUAUCAGUUCUGAACUAGUCAAUGCCAUGGCCGAUACGCUGAAUAUCAUAUGGCAAGACAUAUUGCAUUUACUGCAAGACCGCCAACACAUACUCCAUCUGGCCACUCAGCUGCAAGAGAAGAUGGUACAGUGUCAGCGGCGCAUGGAUCAAUUGGAAGUGGCCUGCAUCGACACUAUGCUGCCCAUUGAAGUGUCGGCCGUACAGGAGUUCCUCAAUAAGUUCAAACAAUUGCGCAUCGAUAUGCUUACCGCAGUUAUGGCGGCGUUGAAAGAUGGCAACGAACUGCUCUCACAGCUGAAAGAACUUGUCGAGCUAGAAACACUCGAUACACGGCCCGAGCAUAUUAAACGUGAUGCGACACGCGCUGUACAUCAGGUACAACAGUGGUUGGAGGCUCUACACGAUAGACGCAAUGCAUUGGAGACCGCUUGGCAAACGCGUAAGACACAACUUGAACACUGCCUCACAUUGGCGUUGCUCGGUCGCGAAUUGGACGAAGUGGAGGCGGCGUUACGACAGCAACGCAGCGAAGUCGAUAGCCUCUUCAGUCUGGGCGAGUGUGAGCACACGGCGAAUAAUGCUCUACACAAUUAUCGUGAUUGGAAACAGCAAGCUUUACUGUUGCGUGAUCGUGCGCUGAAGAUUACGCGCGCCAAAGAAAAACUACAGGCGUCGGGUACUUUCACCGGCGACGAGGCGUGCGCGCGCGCCUAUAAUGUGCUGAGCGCAUGCACCGAACACUUGGAUCUCGUGGAUCAACGUGAACACUGGCUACAGCAGUCACGCGAUUUCUUUGCUAAAGCAGAGAAUACACUCAGUGUGUUGGAGAAGCUUGAGGUAGAGUUGGCUAAUGUGCGCUUGCCACCCAACACGCCGGAGAGUUUCGCCAUGUACGCGAAGGUGGCGCGUGAUGUGCGCAGCUUUACGGAAGAGCCGCUUCGGCUGGGUUAUAGUAUAUUGGAUGAGGUGGGUCGCACGCAACCCGAAACACAGGGUGUGAAACGUGUACUCGAUGAAAUAGAGAAUCGUAAAACGUACAUUGAGAGCGUGUGUUCGAGCAGUAAUGAUGAUCAUCAACGCGUGCAGAAAGCGCUCACAGACUUCCUCACGCAGUACAAUGAUCUGCUCAACUGGUUGAUGUCUUCGGGUCAAUUGUAUUUGCAGCAACAUGUCGACAUGGGCAGCACAUUGCAACAGAGCAAACAGUUUUUGCUGCAACAUCACGAACUCAUGCAGGAUCUGGAGGUAUGUGUAAUAGUUUUAUUGUAUGAUCAAUUUAUAAAUCAAAAUAAAAUCUACUCUCUCUUACAGAUCAAAGGCGAGUUGAUAAAUCUGCUGCUCGAGUCCAUAAAAGCCCACCUCGAGUCGUUGAGUCCUCAACAACGUUACGAUGUCGACUCGAAAGCGGAAGCUCUGCACAAACACUGGAUUGAGCUGAAGGACAUGGUGUUGAAGCGUGUCGACUGUGUCUCUUUACUAAUCGAAUUCUUCGAGAAGGCAAAUGAGUUGGCUAGCCAAUUGGAUAAUCUGGACAAACAGCUCAAACAGACACCUGACGAACAGAAAUUACAAUUUCUGCAGGAGAAUUGGCAGCACAUAAGGGCCGAUUAUGGUGCGCUGAAGAGUUCGGGCUCACGAUUUAUCAAUUUGAAAAUUGUGGAUCCAUAUCUAGAGACAAAAUCCUCAGUGACGGCAGUCGAAGAUAUCCUCAACGGUUUCAGUAAGCGUCAAGUCGAUGUAACAACCAGUCUAGACAAUUGGACAACACAGAUAGCGGAGAAGCGUGAAGUUGAAAUAAUACUGGAGAAAAUCAUGAGUGACAAUGAGGAGACUGCCACAAAGACAACACAAGUCGAUACACAAUUAUAUCCGGUUUUCACUUCAUCCUCGCUUGACGCACGUCAACUACACACCAUCACCAGCGAUAAGCUCACACAUGUCCUACAGGACAUCGACAAAGCGCAGGAUGAGCUACAACAUCGCAUACACACCACACUCGGCAUACAAACGAAAAAUCCCGAAUCACUGCAGAAAAUCGAACAAGUCAUAAGUAAUUUACGUUCACUGAAAUCCAAAUUAGAGGGCAUACGCUACGAUUAUAAGACACUGCUGGAGAACAUACUCAAAUUCUUGGCCGAGAUCACCGAACUGCAACGCAGCAUCGAUGAUUUCUUCGCCAAACAACAACAGCAGCAACAACUGAGUGGCGGUGGUGUUGUUGGUGGUGGUGGUGGUGGUGAGGUCGCCGAUAUUGAGCGCAUCAUUACCGAACAUGAGAAAUUCCGCGAUACAUGCAUGGAUAAAUUUAGAUCGUUAAUCACACAAUCCGAACUGCUGAUCGAUCGAGUGCGUGCACUGGAACCGCCGGGUGCACGCGAAAUCGACACCGAUCGCAUACUAAAAUUACUGGAGAAUUUGCGUAUUCAUUUCGAGGCGAGCAAUAGUGAGAGAAUGUCGCGUCUGGAGCGGCUCGGUAAGCUGGAGCAAUUCAAAACGGAUUUGUGCGAUAUGAAUCGCAGUCUGGAUAGUGUCAGCAAGCAAUUGCAUGAGAUCAAUGGACAAAGUGUUGAUAGCUUGGCGGCGGCGAAGACAACAUCGUUGGCGUUUGAGUAUUUUGAGCGUACCAUUGAGAACUCAAUGCCAACAAUUUUGGUGCCCGUUAAGCAUCAGCUACGUUGGGGUCAUAAUAGCCAACCGAUUGAGUUACUCGAAAAGCGCAUCGAUAAAUUUACCGAAAGUACUACCGAGCAGCUGUUGAUAACGAAUCCCGAAAGCCAAGCAUAUGUGCGCGAAGAACUUCAAAAGCUCAACGAAAAAUGGCGACACUUUAAGGAGCAGGUGACGAACAAACGCAAAUCGCUCGAUCAAGCAACGGAGUUUUUCGAAAAGGUGGAAAAGAUCGAUGCCGAGUACCGCGAGAUCAGCUAUUUCUACAACAGCGUCUCCAAUAAGAUCACCUACUUACGCGAUCCCGUCGAAGCCUCAAAUCUAGUCAACGAUAUUGAAAAAUAUGUCGCCACACGCGAAGGACCACUGUUGGAAAAACUCGAACAUGCCGCGCAAUGCGCGCAUGAUAUGAAUAAAGUAUCCACACUUUACAACGAUGUGCGUAGUAUAUUCCAGUCUUUCAUGAAACUACGCGCAGAUAUUAGCGUCGUACAAGAGCGCCUUAAGAAUGAAGAGCGCUUACGUGAACAACGCGAGAGGGAGGCGCGCGAACAAGAAGAGCGUGAACGCGCCGCACGCGAGGCUGAAGCUAGAGAACGUGCAGCGCGCGAAGCUGAAGAACGUGAACGUGUUGCGCGCGAGUUGGCUGCACGUGAACAAGCGCUACGAGAAGAGGAGGCACGUUUGCAGGCCAUCCGUGAACAGGCAGCGCGUGAGCAAGCAGCACGUGAACAGGCAGCGCGCGAUGAGGAAGCGCGCCUACAAGCGCUACGCGAACAAACCCAACGCGACGAGGAGGCACGCCUGCAGGCACUACGUGAGCAGGCCAGGCGCGAGGAAGAAGCGCGCCUGGAAACUUUGCGCAUUGAGGAGACACGUUUGCAGCUUUUACGCGAACAAACUAAACGUGAGGAAGAGGCGCGCCUACAGGCCUUACGCGAGCAGGCUGUCCGUGAAGAGGAAGCGCGCUUGCUAGCGCUACGCGAACAAACCAAGCGUGAAGAAGAAGCGCGCUUACAAGCGUUGCGAGAGCACGCAAAACGCGAAGAAGAAAAUCGUUUGCUGGCACUGCGUGAACAGGCCACACGCGAAGAGGAGGCGCGAUUGCAGGCGUUACGCGAACAAACGCAGCGUGACGAUUUUGCGCGUCUACAAAGUGUACGCGAUCAAAUCGAUCAUCAACGCAUUGUUACCGAAAAUAUACGCAAAGACAUUCAAGUGAAUGAGAUCUUCACGGAAAUCAAAUAUGUCUCGCCACGUUUCAAUCGACUGCUGAAGGACGCAAUCACGCGUGAGGGUGAUAAAUUUACAUUCGAAUGCGAAGUUAGCGGUAAUCCAGAGCCAGCUGUUGAGUGGUUCAAAGACAGCAUAUCCAUACAGAAUAAUCCCGACUAUAAGACCACCUACGAUCGCGGCGUUUGUCGUUUGGUAAUCGAAGAGACUUUCACGGCCGACUCGGCGCGCUUCAGUUGUCGCGCCUCGAAUUUAGUUGGCAGUAAUGAGACCAGUGCUAAUUUGUCGGUGCGUGAAAAUGCCAUUGAAAUGCAAAUGGUGCCGCCAAGAAUUGUACGCUUCCUGGAGAGUGGCAAGGCUACGGAGGGCAGCACUUUUCAAUUUUUGUGCGUCGUCAGCGGUAAUCCUCUACCCACCGUGCAGUGGUAUAAGAACGAUAAGUGUAUUGACGACUCACCUGAUUAUGUCAUCAAUUAUAAUAACGGUGAGGCAACAUUACGUUUUGAGGAAGUUUUCCUCGAGGAUGAUGCUGUCUACACUUGCAGUGCCUCAAAUCCGGCCGGUAUAGAACAUUGUUCGGCGAGUUUGAUUGUGGAACCUCUCGAACCAACAGAAGUGCCCCACUUUAAGAUCCCUCUCAGCAAUGCUAUGGCUCGUGUUGGCCAAAAGAUUAAGCUUGAAGCAUUAGUCGGUGGUAUACCGAGACCCGAUAUUUUCUGGUUGCAUAAUGGCAAGCCAUUUGCACCGCGAGAUAGCAAAUACGAAUACGGCCGCGCAACGCUCAUAAUCCCCCAAGCUUACCCCAACGACGCCGGAGUGUAUGUGUUAACAGCUAAAAAUUUAGCUGGCGAGGCAUAUAGUUCGUGCAACGUUGUUGUUAAAGGACGUCUGCCGAACGAGACAUCCGAUUCGGAAAUGGCAUCCGAUAUGGAGCCGAUUAAGCCUUCGGUACAGCUACCACUCAAAGAUGUGUCGAUAUUCGAAGGUAAGCCGGUGCGUUUGGAUUGUGUCAUUGUCGGUCAACCGGAACCCGAAGUGAUUUGGUAUCACAAUGAGCGACCCGUUAAAGAGUCGGCCGAUGUGCAGUUGCUCUUCCAAGGUGAUCGUUGUUCGUUAAUCAUACAGGAGGUGUAUCAAGAGGAUGCGGGUAGUUAUAAAGUGGUCGCCAUCAAUUCAGCUGGUGAGGCUUCGAGUAGUUGUGAGCUCAAAGUAACGCCGUUGAAUAUAGCUGAGCCUGCAACACGCGCGCAGAGUGAACGUCAGUCAGUGCCAAAGGAAACACUGCCGAAAUUCGAUAAAUUCCUAACGGACGUGCUCGCCGACGAGGGUGAGACGGUGGAGAUGGAGGUGAGCGUUAGUGGCGAUCAACCACUCAACGCCAAGUGGUAUCUUGCCAAUAAGGAGUUGAGUGAAUGCGAACGUAUUACAACGAGCGUUAACCCCGCGACAGGCGCUUUCAAAUUAACGCUGCGGAAUGUCGUGGCCGACGAUCGUGGCGUGUACACGGUGAAGGUGUCGAAUAAUGCUGGUGAUGCCAAAUGCUUUUCGCAAUUGAACGUAAAGAGCGUCAAUGCGCCCGAAAAUCAACGCAGCCUGCAAGUGGAGCCCAUGGAUAAAAAUACAUGUCCCGAAUUCAAGGAACUCUUCUCGGACAAACAGGCCUACGCUGAAGAUAUGGUCAAGUUUGAGUGUAUUGUGAAGGGAAAGCCGACGCCGAAAGUGCAUUGGUGCUUCAACGACCAACCUGUACAUGGUCACAAUUUCCUAGUAUCCACCAGCGGCGAACGACAAGUGCUGACCAUACAGAAGGCCAGCAUCGACACGGUGGGUAAGAUAAGCUGUGUGGCUGAGAAUGAGAUUGGUAAGGCAACUUGUGCUGCCUACUUGAAUUUACUUGGACCAGGCAUGCAAUUACUGCCCGCCAGUAGCGAUCUGCAGACCUCCACACAAGAGCACAAUACCGAAUCGUCACGCGUCACCAUUAAGAAGCAAACCUUCACCACUACGUCGACGUCACAAAUUAGCUCAUUCGAGGGAAAUAUGCCACAAACGGAGAUUCAUCAUUCGUCGGCGCAUAUUGAUCAAUCGUUAAAACAGUUGGGUGCACAACAGCCCGAAGUGGUCGAGACACAUCACUAUCAGGAAUUACACAAAAGCAAAGACAUGCCAACACCAAAUGUGCAGCAAAAAUCAUUUACACUCAUACAAUCUCCUGCCACCGCUGGCAAUGGACCGACUCAUGCCGGUGGCACAGCUGUUGGUGUUGCGGUGCCUGAAUCACCGACGCGCCUACGCAAACAAAUAGCGCCACGUUUCACCACACCACUGACGGGUAAGAUUGUCGAUCAGGGCACAGAUGUGGCUAUGGAGGCGAUCUAUGAUGGUUUCCCCUCACCCGAAAUCAAAGUCGAGAAGAACGGCGAACAAUUGUUCGACAAUCAACGUUUGAAGAUCGAAAAUCGUUGCAAUCGCGUCAGCAUCGAGUUGAAGCAAGUGGGCGUGGCGGAUGCCGGGCGGUAUGCAGUCACCGCUAUAAAUACAAUGGGACAAUCGACGAGCACGGCCGAUUUGGUUGUUAAAAAAACAAUUUUCCCACCCGUCUUUGGCCGACGCUUGCAGGCACAAGUUGUUAAACGUGGCGAAAAAAUCAUUAUGGAAGUUGAAGUAACCGGUUUGCCAGAACCAACGGUCGUUUGGAUGAAGGAUGAUAAGCCACUACAAGAAGCAGGUGUAUCCCAGCACCGUCUACUCUCACAGGGUAACUCUUACAAGCUGAUUAUCGAGAAGGGAGAGUCCAGUGACUCUGGCAAAUACAUGGUGAAGGCCACCAAUGCCGGUGGUGAAGCGAAAAGCAUUGCCGACUGCGCCAUUUUGGAGCCAUCACCCGAACGUCUGCAGGAGGUCGUCAAGACAAUCGUUUACGAGACGCCCAAAGAUUUGAAAACCGAAACCUUCACCAAAGAGCCACCGUCCUUCCAAACGACACAAACCGAUAUUUCAACCGCAACCGAUUUGCAUGGCUUAUCUGAGUCGAAAAUAGUAACUGAGCAUCGUUGCACUACCGAGGCAACAAUGCGUCUAGAACACAAGCAAGCGUACUUAGAUCUGCCCACAUUGAGUGAACGGCCGAAGACGCCAACCACCGACGCAGCAACUAACAUUGGCACAAGCACUGAACUGUCCGACUGGCAGCAACUGAAAUCGGUAUCGACGAAUACAGAUAGCACACGCUCCAAAACUGGCUCCACACAAACACCACCGCAAGUGCCGCCCAAGCCGUAUAACGCCACAACUAACAACAUUGCCCAAACCCCACCCCAGCAACUGCUGAGCACAGCACCCGACGGCUAUAGAGGCGCCGCUGCACCAACACUAACCUCCUCAACGCACAUGACGACGUCAACAUCGAAAUACGAAAGCUCUACAAGUGAGAAGAAGUCUUCAUCUUUUGAUUUCUUCAAGAAAAUCGAGAGUCAAGGCGGCACACAACCACCGCCACCUGGCGAGCGAUAUCAGAAGCAAGAGGUGGCUGCUAGUACCAAACGCACCACGCCGCUGACGAUCUUACGCCCUAGCGGCGCGACCCCACAGUCAGCCACACUUGCGAACACACUCGAGGACGAGCUGAAAAAUUUGAAUCUCAUACCAGGCUCACCGCCGGAAAUCUGCUAUGUGCCCAAGUUGGAUAGUGCAAGCAGUAAGCCACAGCUGAUCAACGAGCGCAUUAAGAUCUUAGAAGCCACACAGCUCUCACCCAAAGAGGCGCCAGUUGGUGGUGUACGCACACUGCCCUUGGCACCCGUCUCGCAAACAUUUAAGCAUGAGACCACCAUGUCGAAGGAGGUUAAAGUUGAGUACGGACAACCAAUCAUGCGUCCAGCAGCUACACUGCCGGCACCACAACAAUUCACACGUUCACCUUCACCGAAGCCUUCAGCGGAGGGUCUUGCCAUGUCGAAAUUAUGGACACCAAAUCAUUUGAGUGGUUAUGAGAGUUGUACAAGUGAUAUAGAACAAACAUAUAAGGUGGACUCAGGUACCGAACAGAAGGAGGAGAAACGUGAGAUAAAAGUACAGAAAGUACCAACGCCGGCGCCAGAUUUGAGUGCACCAUACCUCGUGAAAGAGAUCAACAAAUCCAUCAAUAUACCAACAACAACGCCACAACGUGAGAAAACACCGUUAGAUGAUAUACAACUCGUGCCCGGUUCACCGCCAGAGAUUUGCUACACGCCCAAAACGGAUGUGCGUCGUCAAUCGUUGGUCGAACACAUGGAGAAAACAUUGGAGCAGAAUCUCCAACAAGGACCCACUAAAGUGCUGCCGAUGUCCAUACCGACACUCACGCCCACAUCCACGGCAUCGCCACAUAUUGUUAAAACAGCCUACAAGCCGCCACCGCCGGUAAUACCAACUAAACUAAGUGUCGGCCAACCUUAUGAGAGCGAUUACGAGAGCGAUCGCUGGAAGUACAGUGGCAGCGAAUCGGAUGAAGCUUCAUUCCGUCCGGUGGGCAAGAGUGUUACAGAUGGUUUGAUAGGCACACCGAGCGUGCCCAUAACGCCCCAUCAUACAUUCAAGACUAGCGGUUAUGCUGCGGAUACUGAAGAGAUAUCGAGUUUUCGUAAAAUGGAAUCAACAACACAACAAGAAAGUCGUUCAUUUUACGAAUCAACGUCAAGCUCGAAAUCUUCACAGGCAACAGUGUUGAAAACGCCACCACCACAACAACAACAAUAUGUACCACAACAAUUCACAGCACCAGCAGCAGCGCCUCAGCCACUCUAUCAGCCAACUCAAUUGGAGAAGCAGCCCCCGGCUCAGCUUUACUACACCACCAAGCAGGAGGAGGGUGGCCAUGAGAAACAGGAGUACUCGGACAAGAAUGAAUACAGACGUGAAGAGAAGGACUACAAGAGUAUUUCGAGUAUGAGCAGCAGCUACUACAAUGCCUCCAACAUAAGCAAUGUCAGCAAUAUUAGCGCACCAAAAUAUCAAACAGUGCCUACCGUGAAGACGCCCAUAACACCCACAAUCACACCCAUACCGGCGCAACGGAAAACGCCAGCGGAAUUCAGUGACUACAGCAGCGAAGUUGAGGAGCGUUUUCGCUCCGUCUCGCGUACACAGGAAACUGAUAAUGAGAUCAAGGGCUAUCGUGUUGUAUUUCCACCAACACCAACACCAAAGUCCACCAAUCUCACCAACGGGCAUAAAUCGCCUGUGGUUGUAAUCACACCAUCGCCCAUGGAAUUCGAGCCCACACCACCAGCUGUGAGUACUUAUCCAAGGCAAAAGUUUGAGCCGAUUAAAAAGGAAAUACGUCACGAGAUCAAGACCGAGAGCAAAGAACAGAAGCAAUAUUACCAACAGCAAAAAACCCAACAACAGCAAUAUCAACAGCAGACAGUGUACAAGCCGAAACCGGUUGCUGCGAAAUUUAUUGCCGCCACACAGCAGCAGCAGCAGCAGCAACAGCAGCAACCGAAAUUUGAGCCACGCUCACAGUCACAGCCGCAGCCACAGCCAGCGCUCUACUACAACGCCAUCGCCGGCACACCGCUGCACAUGGCUAAAAUGGCGACCGAGACGAAAAAUGUCAUGCAAAUGAAGGAAUCAUCCGAAACAUGCCAACGCGUGGUGAACAUGCAACAGACUAAGCGCGUCAUACACUUCGACAGUCAGAAGGAGCAACAGGAACGUAAGCAGUUGGUGAGCACACCACUCGAGCCGUUCCCCUACAGUCCAUCACCAAGUCGUUACACACCGACACAAGCACGUGUGCCACCACCGCCGACACCGACCAAAUUCGUGCCAGGCGAGUUCCGCGAAAGCGAUUACGAUAGUGAAAUUGAGAACGCCAAAAUGCGUCCGCUCUGGACACCACACGGUGAAAAUGGACCACUGCGUUUCCGGCAUGUUGAACCGCCCCAAAAGGGGCGCGCAUGUAGUGUACCACGUGCCUACGAACGUGUACUCUCCCCCAUGGAAUUCGAUCGUGGUCCCGAAAUGCCCACAAAAAUCACAGUUGAUCCAAAUGAAUUGCGUUCACAACGCGGUGGUAGUCUCAGCACCACCGCCAACAGCAGUCAACGUACACAAUCAUUGAAUCGUCACUCGUCCAUGCAGAGCACGAAACAUAGCAGCACAAGCUAUCAACAGCGUUAUCAGACCUUACAACCGGAUCAUACUGUUGCGGAGAAACGUUUUCCACGUGACGACAUGAAUUUGAAAGUCGGUUCGCCGCCGAAAUACGGCUAUAUACAGUCUCAGAUCGAUCAGCAGGGCAAACAGAUGAGUUCGACUUUCUUGCAAAAGUCACAUCAAUUCAUUAGCGACAUUAGCAGUGAUCUGCAGCAGAAGAGUAACAAAACCACAAAAUUGUAUAAUGGUAAUGCUGAACCGAAGGUUAUAACACACUCCUUCCGUCCCGGUUUCAAGCGUGCUCCGAGCGAGGGUGACAACAAACCGCAGGCUUAUCGUGAUGAGUCCCGCGUCUCGCAAUACGGUACGAAAUGUGUCGAUCCCAAUACCGGUUUAAUUUACUUUAAAUACGAUUUUGGCUAUGAAUUCGGUAUACUAUUUCCCGGCGAGGGUCAUAAAUUUAUAAGCAAUCAAUGGAAUAGUUCAUCGUCAGCACUGCCACCGCGUACCGCAUCCGUUACGCCCAUACAGCAGCAUGAAAGUGAGCGUAGUGGACGUAAAUAUCCGUACCCACUAAGUGGUGGCGCCGGUGAGCUCAUCAUACCGGUGCAACAUGAACGCACUAACGCAACACCGUCACCAAGACGCUCCUUCACGCCGACGCGUCUCACUGCACCGAGUCGUGCGCAUGCCAACGCUCAGAGCGGUUAUUAUUCUGAUAGCGCAAGCAGUCGUCGUAGUCCUGUGCCGCCGUCCAGUUUGCGUGCGGUUGGUGCAAGCGGUGUGCGUCGACUACAGAAACGCUACAGUCUACCCAAUACACAGGUUAUCGAUAUAAAUAUCGAUCAUCUACAUGACAAUGAUCAAUUGAAUCGUCUACCAUGUUUAAAUACAGAUCAGGGCACACAAACCGAUGCAUUGCUGAUAACCGAGGAGACCAGCGAGCGUGAGCAGUCACGACAGGUGCGCGGUAAGAGUGAGAGCAGCGAGGCCACCGCCGAACAUUCGCCUUCGCCGCAACGCGAAAUUUCCCAUAAAAUACACAAAUCCGGCUCGUUCUCGUCAUCCUCAGGGAAUUCUGUGGGCGCUACCUCACCACUCGGCUCGGCCACCUCAACAACCUCGCUACACUACUCGCCCGUACAGCCAGCCGUGCGUACCCUUAAGACCAGUGACACGCUUAAUACGUAUCAAAAAUGGGAAACCACCGUUGAGUCGAUCAGUUAUGUGUCGCGCAAAACUCUCGCCAUCUCAGAUUAUGGCUCAGACACCGAAAGGCCCAGAUCUAAUUCUACGAUUUCCACACACUCACAAUCGACACGCUCGCGUUCGACAACACCUGUGUCGGGCCCCGUGCCAGCAGCGCGUAGCACGAAUAUACCAAUUAGGGUGAGCACGGCUACGACUUCCACCUCGACAACGCCACCAACAACAAGCUUCAGCAGCAGCAGUAGCAGCAGCAGCACGGCUAUGUAUAGUAGUAGUAGUAGCACGAAUAGUAGUGGCAUUGAUAGUGUCUGUGGCUUUGGACCUAGCACCUACAAGGCCAGCACAACAACAGCAACAACCACGAAGACCAAUACUAGCAGCAGCGGCAAUACGGCUGGUCAACUCAAUGGGAGGGGAAUGGGUGUGUCGCCAAUAGCAAAACUAUACAAACUAUCUAACGGUUCACCACUGUCCGUCAAACAGACAGGUAGCGGUAUGAGCGCCUAAAAUUAAAAGAUAGUGAAAUCCCAUCAACCUAACCUAGAAUUUCUACAACAAUAAAAAAAGCUAAAUAUUAAAAAAACAAAAAACACAAUUUCAUUUGCAAACACUUGUAAAGUGACACCAACAACAACACUACUAAAUUCUACAAGAAACGUGCCUGUAGAAGAAGUCCCAAAGACGUUAAAGCCAAUAAUUUUACGCGGAGCGAUCCCCACAUUUACGGAAUACUAAAAAUAAACUAAAAUUACUUAAUAAAGACAAAACAUAACAAUUGAUUAAAAUUUGAAAUUUAAGUA